AAUUUUCAAAGUUUAAUAAGCGUUGAAAGGAAAAUGAAGCAAGUGAUUGUGUUGAUAACAUUUUUAAUAGUUUUAAGUGGAAAUUUUCCAUGUGAAGCUAAGGAAUGGUACGAAACUGCUUCCUUUUAUCAAAUCUACCCACAAACAUUUUUGGACACUGGCGUGAAUGGAGAGAAAGAAGGAUUUGGUGAUCUUAGAGGAAUUCAACAGAAAUUGGAUUACAUCGAAGGUCUUGGAUUUGAAUGCAUCUGGUUGACGCCCAUUUUCAAAACGAGUUAUCGAUCUUUUGGAUAUGACAUCGUGGAUUAUAAGGAAGUUGAUUCACGUUUCGGUACAAAUCAAGAUUUGAAAAAUCUUAUAGAUGCGGUACAUGCUAAAGGAAUGAAAAUUAUUCUUGACUUUGUUCCAAAUCAUUGUUCAAGUGACAAUGAAUUUUUCAACAAAUCAAUCAACGCAGUAGAAGAUUAUGAUGAUUGGUUCUUGUGGACAAACGUCACAAACUAUAAAGAUGAAGACGAAAAACCGAAACCAUCGAAUUGGCAAAGAAUUGGUGGGCCACCAGGAUCAGCUUGGAAUAAUAUUGAAGAGAAGCCAGAAAGGGGCUUUUUUUAUGCACAAUUCUCUGAACAUAUGCCAGACUUCAAUCUUCGUAAUGAAAAUGUUACUAAAUAUUUAGAAAGUGUCAUGAAAUUCUGGCUAGAUUUGAGCAUUGACGGCUUUCGAAUUGACGCAAUAUCACAUGGAUUUGAAGCUUUACCUAAUGAAGAAGGAAUAUAUCCGGAUGAAGAUGUAAAUCCUGCUGAAAAUAACACGUCAAACUUCAACCAUUUAAUUCACACCCACACACAAGAUCAACCUGAGCUGUUUGAUCUCAUUUAUUCGUGGCGAAAAUUUUUGGACGAUUAUCAAGUAGAAAAAAAUGGUGAAGCUCGAAUUAUUAUGACAGAAAGUUAUUCGAGUAACGAUGUGAUUAAAAAGUAUUACUUAUCUGCUGAUGGAAAACAUGAGGGAGCACAUCUUCCAUUUAACUUUCAAAUGAUAAAUAAAAUUAAAGCGAAUUCGAAUGCUACAGAUUUUGUUGAUAUGGUUACUGAUUGGUUGGACAAUGUUGUGCCACCAGGAAAAGUCACCAAUUGGGUUAUUGGUAAUCAUGAUCAAGAGCGAGUAGCAACACGAUUUGGAAUCGAACGUGUUGAUAUUCUUAACACUUUAGUGACGAUGCUUCCUGGAACUUCGGUUACAUAUUAUGGUGAAGAAAUUGGAAUGGAAGAUUCAUGUGCUGAGUAUGCUGAAACAAAGGAUGAUCCAGCAACGAAAUGUGAUACGCAAAGUACGAUAAGAACUUCUGAUGCAUGGCAUCGAGCACCAAUGGCAUGGGAUAAUUCGACUAAUGGCGGAUUUUCAUCUGCUAAACCGUGGAUGCCUGCAAGUGACAAAUUUGCAACUGUGAAUGUCAAGGCUCAAGAAGGAGUUGAUAAAAGUCACUUGGAAAUUCAUCGACAACUCUUGCACUUAAGAAAGGAAAAAGCGUUCAAGGAAAGCGACAAAUUUGACAUAAAAACUUUAAAUACAAACUCUUUUGCUUUCAUACGUGAACUUGAUGAUAAAAACGAGAAAAGUUAUUUCGUUAUCAUUAAUUUCGGAGGUUCAGCAGAAACCGUGGACAUUAAAUCUAAAUUUCCUGAUUUGCCAGACACGAUAACUGUGGAAAUCACCGGCGGAGUUUCAGAAUAUGCGAAAGACGAACAAAUCUAUAUCGGUGAAGAGUUUGAGUUGAAAAAGUUUGAAUCUAUAGUUGCCUUCUACAACAGUUCAAUGAACCUCAUCGUCAGUAAAAUUUUGUUCAUGUUUUUCAUAAUAAUUUGUGUUAUCGUCAAUUUGAAUUUCUAAAACUGUAAAAAAACUUAAUUUUAUUUACCUUAAAAAGCUUUAUAUUUAUUUAAUUACUUAACUGUUAAAAAUUUAAGCAUGAAUUCUCCACUUCAUCGGUGGACUUUUCGACAAGGAAAGCUUAAAAACUAGUGAAACAAACUCACACAUGAAACAACAGAUAAAAGUCUCUGAUUAUUAAAAAACUUUUCUCAUAAAUUUUCCGAGAAUAUUCGCUUCCACAUCAUAAAAUAUGAUAAAACACAAAACACUAUCGUUUUAUGAAAAUUUCGAGAGAAAAAUUUUUGUAGCGCAUUUGUUGUUAAAUAUUCCACCCACACAUUGUUUCGCCCGCAUCUUGACACAUUCGUACUGACCGUACAAUGUGAUGCUGCAAGGGGGAGAGAAUAUUUAUGUUAUUAGGAUAUUAAGUUUUCUAUUGAUUUCCUUCUUUUAUUUCCUCUACAAUCGGGUGAUUCUCUCUUCUUAUUAUCGACAAAAACAUUCUCAAGUGAAAUGGCAAAAGUCAAAAGAAGUUUUCUUAUCACAGUCAAAUUGUUAUUGGCUUCGUUGUCAUUUAUUUAAUAUAAAGAUGUGAAAGAUUCUUUUUCUUUUCUAAAUCGUUGUUCUUAUCAAAACUAUUUCCUCAUGGUUAAAGUAAUAAAGAUAAGGAAAUAAAUUGUGUUAAGUUUU